AUGAUGAAGGCUAAAAAUCUAACUAUUGAAAGGACUGAAAAUCCUAAGCCAAAACCUGCUGAGAAAGAUUUAAUAUUUGGUCACAACACAACUGAUCAUAUGCUUACCAUAGAAUGGCAUAAAGAUAUAGGAUGGAAAGAACCUCGUAUUGGCCCAAUACGUGAUUUGCAGAUUUCUCCAGUAGCAAAAGUUUUCCAUUAUUCACUUGAGACUUUUGAAGGUAUGAAAGCAUAUAAAGGUACUGAUGGUAGAAUAAGAUUAUUCAGACCCCAACUCAAUAUGGAAAGAAUGAACAAAAGCGCUCAGAGCUUGGGUCUUCCUGGAUUUUCUGGAGAUCAAUUUCUUGAAUGUCUGAAAGAAUUACUUAAAACUGAUAUGGAUUGGGUACCUGAAUCUAAGAAUGCUUCACUUUAUAUCAGGCCAACUAUGAUUGGAACAGAUCCUACUUUAGGUGUUAAAACCAGCAAAUCAGCAUUACUGUAUAUCAUUCUUUGUCCGGUUGGAGCAUACUUUACCACCGGUGUCCUUAAUCCCAUUGCUUUAUGGGCUGAUACUGAAUUUAUUCGUGCGUGGCCUGGCGGUUUAGGAUGGGCAAAAGUUGGAGGCAAUUAUGGUCCAACUGUAGCCCCUUUAAAUAGAGCUGAGAAGCACGGUUGCCAACAGGUUCUUUGGUUAUAUGGCAAGGAGCACAGCGUAACUGAAAUUGGCACAAUGAACAUUUUUAUGUAUUGGAUUAACGAAAAUGGGGAAAAAGAGCUCAGGACUCCACCGCUGAAUGGAUUAAUUUUACCUGGUAUUACUCGUUUGUCUCUGCUUGAUAUCGCUAGGCAAUGGGAUGGUAUAAAAGUUGUAGAAGAAGACUUUACAAUGAAAGAUGUGGUACAAGCUAGCAAAGAAGAUAGGUUAUUAGAAAUUUUUGGUGCUGGAACGGCUUGUGUUGUUAGCCCGGUCGAUAAAAUAUUAUAUAAAGAUCAUGAAAUUUUAUUACCUACGGCUAGUGAGGGGCAAUCUAUUGCAGAAAGGUUAUAUCGUCAAAUCAUAGAUAUUCAAUAUGGAAUCAUUGAUAGUGAUUGGUCUAUUCCGGUUUAA